UGCGCGUGCGCGUUGGGGCCGGCGGCGGGCGCUCCUGGAAGGCCGCGCGUCUGUCUGUCCGUGCGUCUGUCCGUCCGUCCGGGAGUGUGCGGUCCCGCCGGCUCCAGCCUUCAGCCUUCCCUCCCAGGGUAGGCCUGCUGCCCGCUGCCACCGCGGCACGGGGGAGGCCGGGGAGCGGCCCGAGGAACCGCCAGGAUGAAGCUGGUGAGGAAGGACCUGGAGAAGGAUAAUGCGGGGCAGGUGACGCUGAUCCCUGAGGAGCCUGAGGACAUGUGGCACACCUACAACCUGCUGCAGGUGGGUGACAGCCUGCGCGCCUCCACCAUCCGCAAGGUUCAGACCGAGUCGUCCACGGGCAGCGUGGGCAGCAACCGCAUCCGCACCACCCUCACCUUGUGCGUGGAGACCAUCGACUUCGAUUCGCAGGCCUGCCAGCUGCGAGUCAAGGGCACGAACAUCCAGGAGAACGAGUACGUGAAGAUGGGCGCCUACCACACCAUCGAGCUGGAGCCCAACCGGCAGUUCACCCUGGCGAAGAAGCAGUGGGACAGCGUGGUGCUGGAGCGCAUCGAGCAGGCCUGCGACCCGGCCUGGAGCGCCGAUGUGGCGGCUGUGGUCAUGCAGGAGGGGUUGGCUCACGUCUGCCUGGUCACCCCCAGCAUGACGCUUACUCGUGCCAAAGUGGAGGUGAACAUCCCUCGCAAGAGGAAAGGGAACUGUAGUCAGCACGACCGGGCGCUGGAGAGGUUUUACGAGCAGGUAGUGCAAGCCAUCCAGAGGCAUAUCAACUUUGAGGUGGUGAAGUGUGUACUGGUGGCUAGCCCAGGUUUCGUGCGGGAGCAGUUUUGUGACUACAUGUUCCAGCAGGCAGUCAAGACUGACAACAAACUUCUGCUGGAGAACAGAUCCAAGUUCCUACAGGUCCACUCUUCCUCAGGACAUAAAUACGCACUGAAGGAAGCCCUCUGCGACCCAGCUGUAACUAGUCGUCUUUCUGACACUAAGGCAGCUGGUGAGGUGAAAGCCUUAGAUGACUUCUAUAAAAUGCUGCAGCACGAACCUGACCGGGCUUUUUAUGGCCUGAAACAUGUGGAGAAGGCCAAUGAAGCCAUGGCCAUUGAUACCCUGCUGAUCAGUGACGAGCUUUUUCGGCAUCAGGAUGUGGCUACACGUGCCCGAUAUGUUAAAUUGGUAGAUAGCGUACGGGAGAACAUGGGCACAGUACGCAUUUUCUCCAGCCUCCAUGUGUCUGGAGAGCAGCUGGGCCAGCUGACAGGGGUGGCAGCUAUUCUGCGCUUUCCUGUUGCUGAGCUCUCUGACCAGGAAGAUGAAUCUAGCUCUGAAGAGGAUUGAUAACAGUGACUUCAUUCCACAGUUUAUUUUUCAUGUCAUGUUGAAAUGACAUUUAAGGUCCUCCCAACCUGAAUACUGUGUGUGGAUGUACCAUGAUGUGUAAUUAAAAAGUUUUCAUAGUAAACAUAUACAUACAUUUAUAUAGUUUUACUCAGCACACUACUUGAUAUCUGAUCUAUGGUAAUAAUUAUUGGUAUGCUGUGCUGAGCUGACUGUUUUUGCAGUUCUGGACCACCAGCAGUACAAGAAACUAAUAUGUCUCCCCAGUGCUGCUUAGUCUGUAUUUUAAAGCAGACUACUAUCUUAGUGAAAUGUGUAGAUAAAAAGUAAUAAACUAACAGGGAGAAAUUCAUGUUAGACUAUUUCUGUUUAAGUUCUUGAAAAGAGUAUUGCAAAAUAAACAUAAACUUUUUGGAAGAUCUGUCAAAACUGCUUGGUCUUCAUAAGAGCUCCCUAUUCUUCAUAAGGUGUGUCAAAGGAAUGAGGUCAAUAUCAUCUCUUAGGACUUUGUGUGGUGAUGUAAGUAACCACUUAAAUAUUUUUGUGAAACACUUGAAAUAGUCUUUCAGCAGUCAGAUCCUUUUAAGUUAACAUUUCUUGGCUAACAUGAUGGUAGAUGCAGGACAAAUGGUGAAUCUCAGUACAAGCAUUUAGUUAUCUUUGCGUGCUGUUACCUUGGGAGAUUGUUCUGAAGACUAAAGAGGUGUCAUUAACUGUAUUCUGCUAAAUUGGCAUUAUUUAGCACCAGUUUUGAGAAAAUACAGGGAAAAAACUUAGAAAAUCAGGACUCUAGUUUCCACAAUGAAUCUUUUGAUAGCAAAUAGUUUCGGUAAAUUCAUAAUCUGGUAUUCUGUUUGCAUAUAUCUUUAAAAACAAGCAUAAACUGUGAUACAGAAAUGAAGAUGACAAAAUUAUAAAUCAAACUUCAGCUCAAAGUAGUGGCAACUGUAAAAGUUAAAAGUACCUUUUCAAUUAUUUGAUCAGUUCAAAGUAGUGAGAGCCCAAAAGGUUUUUGUUUCUUCACUGGGCAGUAUAUCAUAACUUGAGGAAGCAAAAACUGGCUUCAGAUUCAGAUGUAACCCAUGGUUGUAUUGUUUCAAACAAAAAUUUGAUGGUGUUGCUUGUGUGUGUAAAUAGGCAUUACUUUUUUAAACAUGAUGGAAGGUGACAGAAGAAUUCUGUAUUAUGGAGAGGGUCGUAAGAAUGGAACAUUAAAAAACAAAACCAUUGAAACUCCUAGUCUGGGUAGAAUAAUUUAAAGAAAAAAAUAUUUAGGGUAGUCCCCUAUGUUCAUGGGUGCCAAUCCUUUGAAUUUAAUACUAUCUACUGAUAGCUGAAAUAUCAGUCUAAACCUGAUAGACAAGUACUUUUGAAUUAUAGCCAUCUCCCCUUUUCUGUAUGAUCCACAGAGUCUAAGUUCUUGAACAGAACUUACAUUAGGGCUGUAACACUUCGAUUCUUCUUUUGUUGAAGACAGCAAGCCCAUUGUGACACUUGUUUACAGUCAGCUUGCAUACCUAAAUUAUGUUACUUGAGCUUCAAAUGGUGUUGGGUGCCACAAGUCAUAGAAUGCUCAGGCUUUCUUUAGCAGUUAAGACUGCUUAAUUUAUUAUUUUUUAAUUCGCCUAUGUUUAUUAUACACUCGUUUAGCUAGAAAGCACCUUGAUUCCUGUUAUAUCUUAUUUAGUGUAAAGAAAAACAUAGAAAGCAGAAGAAAUUGACCAGGAAAUAUUAAUUAUAUACAGCAAAUUAGGACCUGAAAAAAACUCCUAUCUAAAUAAGUCAUUAUUUUCUCCAAGCUUAUAUAACAUUGGAUGGUAUAGUUGUAUAUUCUCUUUAAGUAAUGCCAAUUUGUUGCAGCUGUACACAAAUGACAUAUUCUAAUUUGUAGUACACCAGAAAUUCUUAGUUUUUCUCAACAAACUCUCUGAGAGACAAAUAAAACUGUUCUUUGGUUGUGGGAUGGGUUGCUAUUUUAUCAGACCAGAUUGGUUGCAAUUAUUCCAUUGUAAACCAGAAGUUAUAAAGGGUUUUUGCUGUGUACUACAAUGAUUACAAUGGUGAUUUUGUGUUUUGUGCCUGUAGUUACCAUCAAGGAAAAGAAGUAGCCAUUUUGUUGCAUUUUUUUUUGUUUAAUCUGCUGAGGAAAUGUGACAGUAGUGAUUCUUUUGAUUCUUUGCAUUAUUUACACUUAGAAUUAAAACUCUGCCAUGACUUUA